ACCCCAGCUGUAGCUCUGACACCCUAAACAGUGGAGACUGGCUGCUGAAGAACUUCAGAGGAUUCUCUGCCUUCGCCUCCUUCAAGGACAUGCAGAGACUACUGGCCACCUUCUCUGUGACGGAGGCCCUGCCCCAGCUCACAGUGAGACAGUUGGCAGAGGUGUCCUCUAGUCCAGACCAGCUCAGCUCUGCUGCAGACGUCACCAUGCUGAUGAACUACGUACCCAACAUCCUCUUCACUGACUUCUUCAAUGACUUCUCUCUAGCCAUCACCGGUCAAGAGUCUAAGUUCCCGGUGGCGGUGCGUUCAGCCAUGCUCCAGCAGGUGUUUGAACGCGGGAACCUAUCAGACCGCUCCGUUAGCGACCAGGAGGUACUCACCUGGCUUCAGAGCAGGCUCCGCCCACUGCUGAUCAACCUGUCCCCGCUCCACGUCGCCCCCCUCUUCAGUGUGGUCGCACAGAGGAACUGCAACAUUGGACAGCAGCUGGUGGAGGUGCUGAACGCCACCCUCCCUACACUUCAGGACAACACACAGAGAAACAUCUACGAUCAAAUCACCCUCUCCCUCCAAGGCUCUUCCCCACUCCGUUGCUAUGGCACAAACUACAACCACAGUUUCUAUGGUUACCUGGAGAGUUCCUUCCUGGGUUUCGGCUUCCCCAACCUGACCACCUUCCUCUCCCUCAUACCCCAUAGCCAGAUGGAACAGCUGGUGAACUCUCUGCCUGUCUCUGACCUGGGUCGUUUCCUGCGCGCCGCCCAACGUUGUCGACGACGACACAAAACUCUGCCAGCUCUACAGCAACUACGCCAAGACCCCACUGAGAGUAUCCCUGAGUCAGUGAGGCGUCCCACACUGCCGUGUGUCUGGCCCCAGGCUCUCAGCAGCAGUCAGAGGUCAGAGGUCAACGCCUGGUUUGACAUGAGGCUGAAGAACUACCUGCCCUUCCUCACCAGGAGCCUGCGCGCUGCCGACUUUGUGGAGAGAGAUGUGUACAGGGAGACCAUCAGGACGUAUCUCACCUCAGCGUCGGCUCCUAAGUGUUACAACGCCAGUGAUCCAGAGCUCAACUCAACGGCCUGGUUUGCUGAGAACAUCGGACUCUUCAUCACUUAUCUCACCUUGGAAGACCUCAACACCUUCGGAUCAGCGCAGGUGUUGCAGGUGUUCACAGUGAACCUGGUGAACAUAGGUCUACUGAACUCCACUAGCCUGCCCCAGAACCUCACUGACUACUACACAUCACUGGUCUACCUACAGGACAGCAACUUCAACCCUCUGUUUCUUCCUCUGUUGUUUCGAUGUGUGGCCCCAGGGCCAGCCUUCAGACAGCUGGAUGCUGAGCAGAGCAUGAUCCUUCUACACAACCUGACUACACUGUGUAGAGACCUGGACCCACAGGUGUCUGCAGCUCUAGCAGCUAACAUGGGAGACAACUUAAACAGCAACACCAUCGCUGCCCUCGGCAGAGAGAGUACAGGUCUGUCUGAGGGUCAGAUCACCAUGGCACCCGCCAGCGUUCUGUGGGCUUCCUUCAGCAUUCUGAGCACUGUGAUUGGCUGGAACCAGGGCCAGGCCAUGGCCAUCAUCCAAUCACUGAUGCUGUCAGGAGCCGUGAAGAUCAACAGCGCAUCCACCUUGACAGCGCUGGGUUCCCUGGUGACCGGUGUUCCCUCGGCAACCUUAGGCAGCAUCAGCGGCACGGAACUCCUCUACGCGUCCCAGGAUCCCACAUUCAUAACAUACAUGCAGACCGCCCCGACGAUCUUAAUCCAGACUUUCGUCACUCAGUUGAUCACAGUGAACCCUAACCCAGACAGUAUUCUCCAGAACGUCCCAGACAGCAUGUCUACUGAGAUCCCCAGGUCCCUGCUGCAGGGCUUCUCUCAGAGCAGUGUGGUGGUGGAGAAACUGAACCAGAAGACAUGGAGACACGAACAGGCUGUGUUGUUCUUUGACACAGUGGCUCUAGGAAUUGACAACUCCGACAAUAUGUCAUCCAGCGUGCUCCAGGGCUUCACCUGCACCAGAGUGGCCAGUAUGACCACAACCAAGAUCAAGAAACUGGUCAAGGCCUGCAGGAGGAAGGGCAAGAACAGGGUCGCACUGAGAGAGACUCAGUUGACCUGCAUGUACAACUACAUCAAGGAAGAGUCAAAUGUCACCAGCUACAACCUGUACCCUCCUGACAUGCUGCUUUACUACGACUACAGUAAGGUUCCUCGGGACACCUGUAAGACUACUUCAGUGAGCUGGGAGACGCGGACUUCUCUCCGUGUUCUCCGACGCGCUCAGCUUCAAACGCACAGCCCUGGUAACAAUGUCAAGACCUGCCUG